UAAUUAGUAUAUCUUUAUGUGCAAGUCUUUUGGAUUUUUCAUAAAGGCUCCGGCUCCGACCGUCCUUGCUUCACCUCUUUUUCAGUGCGUGUGUGUGUGUGUGUGGGGAGACUCUGAAGAAAUUCUCUGAGAGUCUUUAAUGGAGAAGAAAAAAGAGAAAGAGAAAGAGAAAGAGAGGGAAAGUAUGAGGUCAUCAAGGAGACAGUUGAAGGCCAUGCUCCGCAAGAACUGGCUUCUCAAGAUUCGCCAUCCCUUUGUCACCUGCGCCGAGGUUUUGCUUCCAACUAUUGUUAUGUUGUUGCUUAUAGCCGUAAGGACAAGAGUUGAUACACAACUACACCCUCCACAGCCAUAUAUUAGAAAAGACAUGCUUGUGGAAGUGGGAAAGGGUGACAAGUCUGCACCUUUUGACCAAAUUUUGGAAUUAUUAUGUGCCAAGCGUGAGUAUUUAGCAUUUGCACCUGAUACAAGUCAGACAAGGAUGAUGAUUAAUGUGCUGUCUAUAAAAUUUCCUUUGCUGAAGAUGGCUGCAAAAGUUUACAAAGAUGAAGAAGAGCUUGAAACAUACAUGAAGUCAAAUCUUUAUGGUGCUUAUGAUAAAGUGAAGAAUUACACGAACCCGAAAAUCAAAGGGGCAAUUGUCUUUCAUAAUCAAGGCCCUCGGUUAUUUGACUAUAGCAUUCGCUUGAAUCACACAUGGGCUUUUUCAGGAUUCCCCAAUGUUAAAUCCAUCAUGGACACCAAUGGCCCUUAUCUCAAUGACCUGGAAUUAGGUGUGAACAUAAUACCGAUAUUCCAGUACAGCUUCAGUGGAUUUUUAACUCUUCAGCAAGUUAUGGAUUCAUUUAUUAUAUUUGCCGCACAACAAGUGACACACUCGGACACCAACGAGCUUCUAUCAUCAGUGGACUCAACUUCAUUGCAUACACAACUCAAGAUCCCCUGGAUGCAGUUUAGCCCUUCAAACAUAAGACUUGCCCCAUUUCCAACUCGUGAAUACACAGAUGAUGAAUUCCAGUCCAUUGUCAAGAGAGUCAUGGGAGUGCUUUACUUGCUGGGAUUUCUCUAUCCAAUCUCUCGACUGAUUAGUUAUUCUGUUUUUGAAAAGGAGCAGAAGAUCAAGGAAGGUCUUUAUAUGAUGGGUCUCAAAAACAAUAUGUUUUAUCUCUCGUGGUUUCUAACGUAUGCACUGCAGUUUGCUGUCUCUUCUGGAAUCAUCACUCUUUGCACAAUGGGAACCCUUUUUAAGUACAGUGACAAAUCCCUGGUGUUCGUGUACUUCUUCUGCUUUGGACUGAGCUCAAUAAUGCUAUCAUUUCUGAUUUCUACAUUCUUCACUCGAGCAAAAACUGCAGUAGCGGUUGGGACGCUUGCUUUUCUUGCAUCCUUCUUCCCUUAUUAUUCUGUGGAUGACGAGUCUGUUUCGAUGCUAUUCAAGGUAAUGGCUUCUCUUCUUUCACCCACAGCAUUUGCCUUGGGGUCCAUUAACUUUGCUGAUUAUGAACGUGCUCAUGUUGGACUCCGAUGGAGCAACAUCUGGCGGGAUUCUUCUGGCGUUUGCUUUCUGUUCUGUCUUUUGAUGAUGUUGCUUGACACUUUCUUAUACUGUGUGAUUGGUCUAUAUUUAGAUAAGGUCCUCCAUAAGGAAAAUGGGGUGCAUGAAACUUGGAGUUCUAUGUUUUUUAAGCCCUUUUGGAGGAAAAAGCAUUCAAGCGAACAGUUUUCUUCCAGUUCAGUUGGUAAAUUAAUUUAUGGCGACCUUGAGGAAAAUGCUCCUCUUCUUGAAAGAGCUGUAUAUAAACCAGCUGUAGAAGCAAUAAGCUUCGAAAUGAAGCAACAAGAACUCGAUGGACGAUGUAUUCAGAUUAGAAAUUUGCACAAGGUGUACACUUCUAAGAAGGCAAGGUGCUGCGCUGUCAAUUCCUUACAGCUGACACUCUAUGAAAAUCAAAUUCUCGCUCUUUUGGGACAUAAUGGAGCUGGUAAAAGCACAACAAUGUCCAUGCUUGUCGGUCUUGUUCGCCCUACCUCUGGAGAUGCACUAGUUUUUGGGAAGAACAUCUUGACUGACAUGGAUGAAAUUCGCCAAAGUUUGGGUGUUUGUCCGCAAUAUGAUAUUCUUUUUCCUGAGUUGACUGUGAAGGAGCAUUUAGAAAUAUUUGCUAAUAUAAAGGGAGUGAAUGAAGAUUGUUUGGAGAAUGUUGCAACUGAAAUGGCUGAAGAAGUGGGUUUGGCGGACAAACUAAAUACUUUUGUAAGGGCUCUUUCUGGAGGUAUGAGGAGGAAGUUAUCUCUAGGAAUUGCACUCAUAGGAAACAGCAAGGUUAUCAUCCUUGAUGAACCCACAAGUGGAAUGGAUCCAUACUCGAUGCGGUUGACAUGGCAGUUAAUCAAAAGAAUAAAAAAGGGAAGGAUAAUACUACUGACUACUCACUCCAUGGAUGAGGCAGAUGCUCUAGGAGAUCGGAUAGCUAUCAUGGCUAAUGGCUCUAUUAAAUGCUGUGGAAGUUCCUUUUUCUUAAAGCAGCAAUAUGGUGUUGGUUAUACUCUUACUCUCGUAAAGGCUACACCAAAUGCUUCAGCAGUAGCUGAUAUUGUUUACAGUCACAUCCCAUCCGCAACAUGCGUGAGCGAGGUUGGUAAUGAGAUUUCCUUCAAGCUCCCUAUUGCAUCCUCAUCAUCCUUUGAGAGCAUGUUUCGGGAAAUAGAGCGUUGCAUGCAAAGGUCAAAUCUUAACUUUGAGACUCCAGACUGUGGGGACAGUACAUUUCUUGGCAUCGAGAGUUAUGGUAUUUCUGUCACAACUCUGGAGGAGGUAUUCCUUAGAGUCGCUGGAGGUGAUUUUGAUGGAACUGACUAUGUUAUUGAGGAGAAGCCUCUAACCGCACCUAAUUUGGAUGUCAAUCAACAGAGCCAAAAUAAUGCUUCAGAAAGAAUCUUUUGCUCAAAAGUCUGUAAAAAUUAUAUUGAAGUUAUUGGUUUUAUAUUCUCCAUAAUGGGGAAAGCUAGUAGUUUAUUUUUGGUGACGACACUGCAUGUCAUAAAGUUCCUCAGUAUGCAGUGUUGUUGCGCUUGUAUACUUUCGAGGUCAACUUUCUGGAAACACUCAAAAGCUUUACUGAUAAAGAGAGCAGUCUCAGCUCGGCGAGAUCAAAAGACGAUUAUUUUUCAGCUGCUAAUUCCUGCCAUCUUCUUGCUGUUGGGUCUUCUUAUGAUCAAGCUAAAGCCACAUCCUGACCAGCAAUCAGUGACCUUUACAACUUCUCACUUUAAUCCUCUAUUAACUGGUGGAGGUGGUGGUGGACCAAUUCCUUUUGACUUAUCCUUAGAAAUUGCCAAAGAGGUUUCCGAGCAUGUACAUGGAGGCUGGAUUCAAAGAUUUAGACAAAGUACAUACAGAUUUCCUGAUCCAAGGAGGGCAUUGGAUGAUGCUAUCGAAGCUGCAGGGCCAUCUUUGGGUCCCAUUUUACUUUCAAUGAGUGAAUAUCUGAUGUCUAGCUAUAAUGAAUCCUAUCAGUCAAGAUAUGGAGCAGUAGUUAUGGAUGCACAAAGUGAAGACGGGAGCCUCGGUUAUACUGUUCUUCACAACAGUUCUUGUCAGCAUGCUGCUCCGACCUAUAUUAAUUUGAUAAACUCAGCGAUACUCAGGCUCGCGACUCUUAAUGAGAAUAUGACUAUUCAAACACGUAAUCACCCAUUGCCAAUGACAAAGAGUCAGCUCCAGCAACGCCAUGAUCUUGAUGCCUUUGAAGUUGCUAAUGUUGUUACUAUUGCUUUCUCAUUCAUUUCUGCUUCAUUUGAUGAAGAAACUAUCAAGGAACGUGAAGUAAAAGCCAAGCACCAGCAACUUAUAAGUGGGGUGUCUUUGCUCUCAUAUUGGGCUUCCACAUACCUUUGGGACUUCAUCAGCUUUCUAUUUCCUUCAUCUUUCGCGAUCUUCCUCUUUUGCGCAUUUGGGCUGGAUCAAUUCAUUGGAAGGGACUCUUUCUUCUCGACCGUCCUUAUGUUCAUGGGAUAUGGACUUUCCAUAGCAUCAUCGACUUAUUGCCUCACUUUUUUCUUUUCUGAACAUAGCAUGGCACAGAAUGUUGUCCUCUUGGUACAUUUUUUCACUGGUCUCGUUCUUAUGGUUAUAUCUUUUAUAAUGGGGCUUAUAGAGUCAACUGCACGAGCCAAUUCUCUUCUAAAGAAUUUCUUCAGAUUGUCGCCAGGGUUUUGCUUUGCUGAUGGAUUAGCUUCAUUAGCUCUUCUGCGACAGGGGAUGAAAAAGGGAUCUGGUGAUAGUGUUUUUGACUGGAACGUCACUGGUGCCUCUAUAUCUUAUUUGGGUGCAGAGGGCAUCAUUUACUUUGUCUUGACACUUGGACUUGAAGUCCUGCUUCAGCACAAGAUAAAUUUUGCAACAGCCUCGGACUUGUGGAAGAGUAUAAGAAAAAAAGUUUAUGCAGCAUCCAGUAGCUCUUUAGAACCUCUUCUUGAAUCAUCCUCAGAAGAAAAUUGUGAUUUUGAGGACAUUGAUGUAAAAGCAGAAAGAAAUAGGGUACUAUCAGGUGGAGUUCGUAAUGCAAUUAUUUACCUUCGUAAUCUUCGAAAGGUGUAUCCAGGAGCGAAGCAGCAUGGUUCCAAAAUUGCUGUUCAUUCACUGACUUUCUCAGUACAAGAAGGAGAGUGUUUUGGUUUUCUAGGAACCAAUGGAGCAGGAAAAACAACCACCCUAUCUAUGCUGUCUGGAGAAGAACGGCCCAGCGCUGGAACUGCAUUUAUUUUUGGUAGAGAUAUUAGAUCAGACCCGAAGGCUGCUCGUCACCAUAUUGGAUAUUGUCCUCAAUUUGAUGCUCUGCUUGAAUUCGUCACGGUCCGGGAACACCUUGAUCUCUACGCUAGAAUAAAAGGAGUGGAAGAGUAUCAGCUCGAACGUGUUGUCAUGGAAAAGUUAGUUGAGUUCGACUUGUUAAAACAUGCUGAUAAGCCAGCAUAUGCAUUAAGUGGGGGAAACAAACGUAAAUUAUCUGUUGCAAUUGCAAUGAUUGGGGAUCCUCCGGUCAUCAUUCUUGAUGAACCAUCUACUGGAAUGGAUCCCAUUGCGAAAAGAUUCAUGUGGGAAGUUAUAUCACGUUUAUCAACCAGACAAGGAAAGACUGCUGUUAUUCUAACAACCCACAGCAUGAAUGAAGCUCAAGCUCUCUGCACCAGGAUUGGUAUAAUGGUUGGAGGCAAGCUAAGAUGCAUUGGGAGUCCUCAGCAUCUGAAAAACAGAUUUGGCAAUCAUCUGGAACUUGAGGUUAAACCUACUGAAGUAAGCUCUUUCGACUUGAAUUCUACGUGCCAAGCAAUUCGGGAGACAUUCUUUGACCUUCCUUCUCAUACACGGAGUAUAUUCAGCGACCUCGAAGUUUGCAUAGGGGGUACUGAUGUGCUGGCAGCUGAUAAAGCAGCAGAGAUCAGCUUAUCAAAGGAGAUAAUUGUAGCAAUUGGACGAUGGUUCGGCAAUGCUGAAAGAGUGGAGAGUCUUGUAUCUGCAGCUAGCGAUUCUUGUGGGGUCUUUAGUGAACAGCUGUCCGAGCAGUUGCGUCGAGAUGGUGGUAUCCCACUGCCAGUAUUUUCAGAGUGGUGGUUAACCAAAGAAAAAUUUUCGGCAAUUGAUUCAUUCAUUCAAUCUUCCUUUCCUGGUGCUACUUAUCAAAGCUGUGAUGGAUUGAGCAUCAAAUAUCAGCUGCCGUAUGCUGAAGACCUCUCACUUGCUGAUGUUUUUGGACAUAUGGAAAGGAACAGAAAUGCACUCGGUAUAUCAGAGUAUAGCAUCAGCCAAUCGACACUAGAAACCAUUUUCAACCAUUUUGCAACUAACUCAUGAGGUAAAACCAUGACACUGUAUCUGGAGAAAGGUACUUCUAAAUUUUUAACUCCCCCUUGCAAACUAUGACAAUUUUGUGACCGUAAACAGUAGAGCUGUACAUAUGUUAAAAAUAUAUGUACGAUACAAGCAGUUUAAGUGAUGUCUCUCUUUGAGUUGAAUCCUUUAACUUAUAAUUUCUUUAUGUGAGUGAGUGAUUAUAACAA